UUCUUUGCUUGUUUUUUAGGUUAAGACCUAGAUUGUGCUUCUGGUGCUUUAAAUAUAAUUUUAAGUCCAAAGCUUACAAAACACUACACAGCAAAAUAAUGAUCUGCUAGACUGCUAACCCGAGCAUCCAGCUUCCACAAUGCCUGUGCAGGCAGCUCAAUGGACAGAAUUUCUGUCCUGUCCAAUCUGCUAUAAUGAAUUUGAUGAGAAUGUGCACAAACCCAUCAGUUUAGGUUGUUCACACACUGUUUGCAAGACCUGCUUGAAUAAACUUCACCGAAAAGCUUGUCCUUUUGACCAGACUGCCAUCAACACAGACAUUGAUGUACUUCCUGUCAACUUCGCACUUCUCCAGUUAGUUGGAGCCCAGGUACCAGAUCAUCAGUCAAUAAAGUUAAGUAAUCUAGGUGAGAAUAAACACUAUGAGAUUGCAAAGAAAUGUGUUGAGGAUUUGGCACUCUACUUAAAACCACUAAGUGGAGGAAAAGGUGUAGCUAGUUUGAACCAGAGUGCACUGAGCCGUCCAAUGCAAAGGAAACUGGUGACACUUGUGAACUGUCAGCUGGUGGAGGAAGAAGGUCGUGUCAGAGCCAUGAGAGCAGCCCGUUCACUUGGAGAAAGAACUGUAACAGAACUGAUAUUACAGCACCAGAAUCCUCAGCAAUUGUCUGCCAAUUUGUGGGCUGCUGUCAGGGCUCGAGGAUGCCAGUUUCUAGGGCCAGCUAUGCAAGAAGAGGCCUUGAAGCUGGUGUUGCUGGCAUUAGAAGAUGGUUCUGCUCUCUCCAGGAAAGUUCUGGUACUUUUUGUUGUGCAAAGACUAGAACCAAGAUUUCCUCAGGCAUCAAAAACAAGUAUUGGUCAUGUUGUGCAACUACUGUAUCGAGCUUCUUGUUUUAAGGUUACUAAAAGAGAUGAAGACUCUUCCCUGAUGCAGCUAAAGGAGGAAUUCCGGAGUUAUGAGGCACUACGCAGAGAACAUGAUGCCCAAAUUGUUCAUAUUGCUAUGGAAGCAGGACUUCGUAUUUCACCUGAACAGUGGUCCUCACUUUUAUAUGGUGACUUGGCUCAUAAAUCACACAUGCAAUCUAUCAUUGACAAGCUGCAGUCUCCAGAAUCAUUUGCAAAGAGUGUUCAGGAAUUGACAAUUGUUUUGCAACGAACCGGUGACCCAGCUAACUUGAAUAGACUAAGGCCUCAUUUAGAGCUUCUUGCAAACAUAGACCCUAAUCCAGAUGCUGUUUCGCCUACCUGGGAGCAGCUAGAAAAUGCAAUGGUAGCUGUUAAAACAGUGGUUCAUGGCCUUGUGGACUUCAUACAGAAUUAUAGCAGAAAAGGCCAUGAGACACCUCAACCUCAGCCAAAUAGCAAGUACAAGACUAGUAUGUGCCGAGAUUUGCGACAGCAAGGGGGGUGUCCACGAGGAACAAAUUGUACAUUUGCCCAUUCUCAGGAAGAGCUUGAAAAGUAUCGAUUAAGGAACAAAAAGAUCAAUGCGACUGUAAGAACGUUUCCUCUUCUAAAUAAAGUUGGUGUAAACAACACUGUCACAACCACAGCCGGAAAUGUCAUUUCUGUCAUAGGAAGUACUGAAACAACCGGGAAAAUUGUUCCAAGUACAAAUGGAAUAUCAAAUGCAGAAAACAGUGUUUCCCAGCUAAUCCCACGUAGUACUGACAGUACUUUAAGAGCUCUGGAGUCUGUGAAGAAAGUGGGGAAGGUUGGCACUAAUGGUCAGAAUGCUGCUGGGCCCUCUGCAGAGUCUGUAACUGAAAAUAAAAUUGGUUCUCCACCCAAGACUCCUGUAAGUAACAUAACUGCUACCUCAGCUGGGCCCUCUAAUGUUGGAACAGAACUGAAUUCUGUGCCUCCAAAAUCCAGCCCAUUUCUCACUAGAGUACCAGUAUACCCUCAGCAUUCUGAAAACAUUCAGUAUUUUCAAGAUCCAAGGACUCAGAUACCUUUUGAAGUCCCACAGUACCCACAGACAGGAUACUACCCACCACCUCCAACGGUACCAGCUGGUGUGGCUCCCUGUGUUCCUCGCUUUGUGAGGUCCAAUAAUGUUCCAGAGUCCUCCCUCCCACCUGCUUCCAUGCCAUAUGCCGAUCAUUACAGUACAUUUUCCCCUCGAGAUCGAAUGAAUUCUUCUCCUUACCAACCUCCUCCUCCUCAGCAGUAUGGACCAGUUCCUCCAGUACCUUCUGGAAUGUAUGCUCCUGUGUACGACAGCAGGCGCAUCUGGCGUCCACCCAUGUACCAACGAGAUGACAUUAUUAGAAGCAAUUCUUUACCUCCAAUGGAUGUGAUGCACUCAUCUGUCUAUCAGACAUCUUUGAGGGAAAGAUAUAACUCGUUAGAUGGAUAUUAUUCAGUGGCUUGUCAGCCACCAAGUGAGCCAAGGACGACGGUGCCUUUACCAAGGGAACCUUGUGGUCAUUUGAAAACCAGUUGCGAGGAGCAGAUACGAAGAAAGCCAGAUCAGUGGGCACAGUACCACACUCAGAAAGCACCUGUCUCUUCAACUCUUCCUGUUGCAACACAGUCACCAACACCACCUUCUCCUCUAUUCAGUGUAGACUUCCGCACAGAUUUCUCUGAGACUGUGAGUGGUACAAAAUUUGAAGAAGAUCAUCUUUCCCAUUAUUCUCCCUGGUCCUGUGGUACCAUAGGCUCCUGCAUAAAUGCCAUCGAUUCAGAGCCGAAAGAUGUAAUUGCUAAUUCAAAUGCUGUGUUAAUGGACCUGGACAGUGGAGAUGUUAAGAGAAGAGUGCAUUUAUUUGAAACUCAGAGAAGGACAAAAGAAGAAGAUCCAAUAAUUCCCUUUAGUGAUGGACCUAUCAUCUCAAAAUGGGGUGCAAUUUCCCGAUCUUCACGCACAGGUUACCAUACUACGGAUCCUGUCCAGGCUACUGCUUCCCAAGGAAGUGCAACUAAGCCCAUCAGUGUAUCGGAUUAUGUCCCUUAUGUCAAUGCUGUUGAUUCAAGGUGGAGUUCAUAUGGCAGUGAUGCCACAUCAUCAGCGCACUAUAUUGAACGGGAUAGAUUCAUUGUUACUGAUUUAUCUGGUCAUAGAAAGCAUUCCAGUACUGGAGACCUUUUGAGCAUUGAACUUCAGCAGGCCAAGAGUAACUCAUUACUUCUUCAGAGGGAGGCUAAUGCUCUUGCCAUGCAACAGAAGUGGAAUUCCCUGGAUGAAGGCCGUCACCUUACUUUAAAUCUUCUAAGCAAGGAGAUUGAACUGAGAAAUGGAGAGAGUGAUUAUACCGAAGAUGCAGCAGAUACUAAGCCUGAUAGAGAUAUUGAGUUAGAGCUUUCAGCACUUGAUACUGAUGAACCUGAUGGACAAAGUGAACAAAUUGAAGAAAUCCUGGACAUGCAACUUGGUAUCAGUUCUCAAAAUGAUCAGUUGCUGAAUGGAACUGCAGUUGAAAAUGGGCAUCCAGUCCAGCAGCACCAGAAGGAGCCACUAAAGCAGAAGAGACAGAGUUUAGGUGAAGAUCAUGUGAUUCUGGAGGAGCAAAAAACAAUUCUGCCGGUAACUUCUUGCUUUAACCAGCCACUUCCAGUGUCUAUUAGCAAUGCAAGUUGCCUCCCCAUCACCACAUCGGUCAGUGUUGGCAGCCUCAUUCUGAAAACUCAUGUUAUGUCCGAAGAUAAAAACGACUUUUUAAAACCUGUUGCAAAUGGGAAGAUGGUUAACAGCUAAAAGGAGGUUCAUCUUUCAAAUUUGUGACCACACCAUGGAAGCAUUUACACUAGCUUUUUAUAUAUAUAAUAUAUAUUAUAUAAUGUAUAUUUUUUUUAAAAAAAAAGAUAUUACUGGGGGCAUCCAUUUCCUGUGGACUCUUUGAUACUUCAAGCCCUCUUGCAUUAUUAGCAUUAUGAAAAAAAAAAAAGAAAAUUUACUUUACUAGGGUAAUACGUUCACUUUCCAGAAGUGAUUGGAAUUUGGACAACAUUUAACUUAAGCUUCAAGCAGCUUUUUAUGAGUUUGUAGCAAUCCGGUGCAGUAACUGAGCCAUUUCCUACUUAAAUGGCUUCUAUAGAAAAUUAACAACUCAGUUAUUAAACUAGCAGGAUCCUACAAUGAUACAUCUAGUGAAAGUAGACUUAAUUAACUUAUUUAUUUCUAUUUUAUGUUUCACUGAGAGAAAUUUCCAUCUCAUUCCAGCUGCUUUAU